CUCUUGCCUGCCGCCGAGUCUUUCGGCACGAGGCGUUGCGCAGCCGCAUACCUGUCAGUCGAUCAUUCAAAUUGGGGACGAUUCCAGAAGUUGAGGCGAGUCUUCUUUUGGAACGUCAAUGCUCACGGGCUGGGCCCCCCAUCGAUCCCAUCUUUGCAAGUUGUCCGGAACCAUCCGUUCCGCUGGAUUGAGGCUUUGAUGGACAUGUUCAUCUGA